ACGUUAUGAAAACAAGCUAAGUUUCGCAACGUUGGUGACCAUCAGACUGCUGUGCUUUUCGACCAUGUUAAAAAUGAGACUACCUGCAUUGUAUAAAGGCGUGUGUACGGUAGGCAAUGUCCGAAGUUUUCACUUAUCUCAACGGAUAAACAAAACAAAGGUUCUCUACGACGGUGACUGUCCCUUAUGCAGGGUGGAAAUAAACUUUCUUAAACUGUUUUUCAACAAGGAGAGGAAAGUGAAAUUUGUGGACAUAACUAAAAACACCUUUAAAGCAGAGGACCAUUUAGGAAUUACUUAUGAGGAGGCCAUGGGAAACAUGCAUGUCAUAGGAGAAGAUGACAAGGUAUACAAAAAGAUGGAUGGAAUACGAGAGAUGUACAGAGGUGUGGGAUUAAAAUCUGUAGCUACAUUUACAGAGUUGCCUGUUGUUAGACCGUUAGCUGAUAAAAUGUAUGACUAUUUUGCUGCAAACCGAUUUCGGCUAGCUGGCAGGGAUGAAAGUUGUAAUUGUAAAAAAGAUUGAUGCAGUUUCGAAGCAUGUGGGUGUAUACAAUGUGGAUGCAAAAUUUGUGUUUGAUUUUUAAAUACACGUAUAUCAGAUAAAAAGUGUAUACUGUCAUUUUUAAUACUGUGUGGAUUUAGACUCUCACCAUAUUGGUAUGCACAAUUUUUGUAAAUGAACUAUGUUGUCUGUAUAUUUACAUGUAUUUUUUUGUUUGAUGUAUGCAUAUGCAUUAUAAGGGUUCACUAAAAAAUGAGAUGUUUUAAAAAAUAAAUUAUUUGUUUACUCACUUUUAAAGUGAAACAAAUCAGUGUAGUUAAUAUUUUAUAUGAUCAUUGAUUUUUAAUAAAUGACAGUCAUCAUUAUUAAAA